AUGGUGCGCCGCAUCCUUUGGGUGAAGUGGAAAACCGGUAUGCUCGAUCACAAGGAUAUGAAGGCGGGCGCUGCGCUCAAUACGCCGGAGAAUCAGCAGGUGGCCCGCCGGGCUGCCGCAGAGAGUAUGGUGCUGCUGAAAAACGACGGCGGUUUGCUGCCGCUCGAUAUCGACAAGACGAAGAAGGUCGUGCUGAUCGGUCCCAAUUGCGCCCAGCGUUUCUGCGUGCUGGGACUCGGCGGAAGUUCGGGCGCUCAGGCCGUGUACGAGACUACGCCGCUCAAGGGUCUGGAAGCCAAACUGGCCGGCAAGGCCGACUUGGCCUACCUGCCGCUGACCGGGGAUUCGGAAUUCCAGCCGAUCCCGAACGAGUGCUGGGUCGGCAAGGACGGACGCAACGGCGUUACGGCCGUUUACCGCAAACAGGGCAGCGGCGACGUGCAGCAGGAACGUAUCGAGCCGGUCGUCGAUUUCACCUGGUUCAACGCAUCGCCCGUCCCGGGAAAAAUCGAGCCCGGAUACGUGCAUGCUACCGUCGAAGGUAAGCUCAAAGCUCCCGUUACCGGAAACUAUACCCUGCGCUUGAUUACCGACGACCAUGCCGAACUGUGGGUCAGCGAUAUGGGGGCCCAGGCGGUACGCAACGCAGAAGCGGGCGUCCCGCAGCGCAAUACGGCGAUGUUCUUUUUCGAGGCGGGCAAGACCUACGACGUCCGGAUCGACUAUUCGCAGUCGCCCGACGGUCGAAAAAACGCUACGGAGAUGAAUUAUUGGGCCAAAGACAAUCCUUCGCUGCGCUUGGAAUGGGCCAUGCCGAGCGAUGCCGAUAUCAUUGCCGGGCAGAUCGCCCCGUAUAGAGAGCAGUUGGCCGAUGCCGAUGCGAUCGUUUUCGUAGGGGGCACCGACCACAACCUCGAUUGCGAAGGGCGCGACCGGACGUCGAUGCAGUUCCCGCAGGGGCAGACCGAACUGAUCCGUCAGGUUUCGGCGAUCAACGGCAAGACGAUCGUCGUGCUGAUGCACGGGGCUCCGAUCGACCUGCCGUGGAUCGACCGCGUGCCGGCGGUGCUGGAUAUGUUUUCCCCGGACGUGGACAACGUCAAUUACGAAGACAGCCUGAUGGUCGGCUACCGUUACUUCGAUACGAAACGGGUGACGCCCCGGUACGAAUUCGGUUACGGAUUGAGUUAUACGACUUUCGAUUAUUCGAAGAUGAAAGUGAAAAAAGACGGGGAUAACUGCGUCGUGACGUUGCAUGUGAAAAAUACCGGUUCGCGCGACGGGGCCGAAGUGGUUCAGAUUUAUGUGGGACAGAAAAACUGCCGCUAUACGCGUCCUGUUCACGAACUGAAAGCCUUCGACAAGGUCUUCCUCAAGCCCGGCGAAAGCCGCGAAGUGACUUUUACGCUCGAUAAGGACGCUUUCUCGUACUGGAAUCCCGAUCGCCGCGCCUGGGUGCGCGAUUCGGACGAGUUUACGAUCGAAGCCGGUCACUCCUCGCGGGAUAUCCGCCGGAGCGCGAAGGUGCGUUUCUGA